AUGACCAUCGAAAUACAUGUCGUCCUAAAACAUUAUUUUUCUUUGCAGGUGUUAGUGGAAUACGACGAUGUGGAAUGGCAAAGGCGAGAAUGGAUAAGCGUGUACAAAGAUGGCCUGUUUCAUCUGUUCAUGAUCGAGCAAACACUGGUUUGGGCACAUAGAAGGGAUCCAUACACUAACGCACACAGCACAGCUUUGUGGCCCGCUCUUACAUUCACUGCCUUAGUUUCAUCAGUUGACUUACCUAAUCAUCUCCAGCCUGUCGAAUUUCUGGUAGACAGAGAACUUGCUUUCAAAGAUUACAAGCAGCUGAAGCCAUACUUGGUAAGUUCUACGUUUCGGAUUGUCUGUUACGUUAGCCUUUUCCAAAUUACAGAUGACAAUGACAAUAUUCGAGCGUCAUUUGUUUUACUUAUGAAUGUAACUAAAAUAUGUAUAUCUUUUUUAGCAUAG